AUGAAGAGCAUCUCUCUCCUCCUCCUCGCAGCCUCAUGGACUCAGGCUCUUCCCAAGCCUGAGCAUUCUAAUGGAGCACUGUACUUCCUCGACAAUGACCCGCAUGGUGCCUCUGUGGUCUCUUUUGGAAUGACAGGAUACGGCUCUUUGGGCGAGCCCGUGAGGACUUCGACCGGUGGCAAUGGCAUGAUCGGCAACAACGUCAACGGUUCUGUCAUAGUUGACCCUCUUUUCUCCCAAGGCUCUAUCAUUGUAGAUGGAAACCUUUUGUUCACCGUCAACGCCGGAUCUAACACUAUGGCUGCUUUCCACAUCCCCAAGAACGAUCCAGCCCAUCCUAAGCUUAUCGGACAGCCAGUCGAUACUAUCGGUACCACUCCUAACACGGUGGCGUACUCUCCCAAACAUAAAGUCGCCUGUGUUGCCAACACUGGAACCAAUCCUGGUGUUCAAUGUUUCAGUGUUUCUGGCAGCGAUGGUAUUAAGCCAAUCGGUGGCCUACGAUCCCUCCCGGUUAUGAAUCAGACAAACCCUAUCAUGGGACCUCCUAACACGGUUUCCAACAUCCUCUUCAACCCUUCCGAGACGGCUCUUUUCGUCGUGAUCAAAGGAGAUGGCAUGCAAAGUGGCUAUAUCUACGCCUACAAAGUCGAAAACGGUAUCGUCAGUGAGCAGGCUGUGGUCUCUAGGCCCGAGAACCUUCCCAUUCCUUUCGGCAUGUCCUUCUCCAACGACAACUCCGCCGUUGUCUCCACGCCUGCUUAUGGUGCUGCAUUCGUGUCCAUCUCUGAAGACUACACAGUCAGCACUGAAAGUGUCCUCAACAUCACGACUCAGAUGGCUACUUGUUGGACUGCUAGGUCUUCUGAAACCGGAUCUGUUUAUCUUCUCGACGCGGGUGUCGCUGAUAUCAAUGCGGUCAGCACAGAGACCAAGGCCAUUAGCCGCACUCUUCCUGGGUAUGGGCAGGGUAUGGGGAACUUUGACGGUAUCGUCUCUGGGUCGAAGCUGUAUGUCCUCCAGAAUGCUCCAGGUGUCGCUGUCUUUGACCUUAAAAAUCCUUCUUAUGGUCCUCAAGUUGUCGACUUGAAGGGUUUGGGCAAUCGUGCUUCUUGGAUCGGUAUGGCGGCGUAUGCUUAA